AUGUGCCGCCAAUUGUUAACUGAACAAAAAUGGCUUGGUACUAUUUUACCUCGUAUUCCUGUACCUAUUGCUCGUGAUAUCGAUCAAAAACUCAAAGAAAGGUUACAACCACCUCCUUUGCCAAGAGGUUCCUCAAGAACAAGACGGUACCGUGAUCAUGAUUAUGAUCGUCGGGAACGUGAUAGACUCAGAGAUUAUGAUCGUGAACAUCAACGACAUAGAAGGUACAGAACUCCAAGCCGUGAACGUAGGGCAGAAAGGGACUAUGAUCGCCGUGGUAGUUAUGACGACAAAAGAUUAGAGAAUUAUGACCGAAAAAGAAGGUACGAAGAUGAUAGAGUCUAUGAUCGUCGUAGGA